GACUGUGUUGGCCAUUGCUGGAGAAGACUUUUCUAUUGUUGCCUCUGACACACGACUGAGUGAAGGUUAUGCAAUUCACUGCCGGGACAGCCCAAAAUGCUAUAAACUAACAGAAAAAACGGUCAUUGGAUGUACUGGCUUCCACGGUGACUGCCUUACCCUUACUAAAAUUAUUGAAGCAAGAUUAAAGAUGUACAAGCAUUCCAAUAACAAGACCAUGACUACCGGGGCUAUCGCAGCCAUGCUGUCUACAAUUCUAUAUUCUCGACGCUUAUUUCUCUACUAUGUUUACAACAUAAUUGGCGGACUUGAUGAAGAGGGGAAGGGAGCAGUAUAUAGCUUUGAUCCAGUGGGCUCGUACCAGAGAGAUCCUUACAUAGCAGGUGGAUCAGCAAGUGCCAUGCUACAACCCUUGCUUGAUAACCAGAUUGGCUUCAAGAACAUGCAAAAUGUGGAGCAUGUACCUCUGACCCUGGAAAAGGCAUUGCAGCUGGUUAAGGAUGUCUUUAUUUCUGCUGCUGAGAGAGAUGUGUACACUGGGGAUGCGCUUAAGAUUUGCAUUGUCACAAAAGAUGGAAUUAAAGAGGAAACUAUCCCGUUAAGAAGAGACUAAUUCCAUUCACUUAUAAACACCUAAUCUAUGAUGUACAAUUUACCUGUAUUAUGAAGACAUUUGUCUCAUUAAAUUUUUUCAAGAAGUU